AUGAACUCACACAUGACAUCAUUUUCCGGCAUCCCACAACGAGAUGCGCAAUCAAAUUUGCCAGCACACCAAGGCACACCUAUGCCGAUGUCCUACUACGUUGAAGUCCUCCUCUCGCUCUCCAAGGUGCCAGUAAACCCUGCGACAGAUUUCAAGUCCAAUCUUACCGGCCGGCAUCUAGACCCAAUCUUACGUUCUAAAGACAUUGCUUCAUCGGACAAGUCAUCGCAUCAAACCACCAAUGCUUCCACCGUCAGGAAACCAAGAACGAAGAUCUCGUUGACUGAGUGUGCGAGGAAAAUGGAGAGGUCAUAUCGGGGAAUUGCUCAUCACGCUACCGAAAUAUCAGACACGUUACGAGACCGGGAUCCUAGCAGGGUACACAAACGAGAGCGUACCAUCACAAGCACCAAUACUCCGGAGCAGAAACUAUCAAAGAAAAGGACAAGAGUUCAACCAGCUCGUGCUCCCCGUUCUGGCCACACAUCCUCGCAAUCUUAUCCUCUUCCAACACUCGCUUCGGAGCCUUCACGACCAACAUUGAAGCCUAAAAUACGACUUUGUCUGGCAAACCAAAUUAAGUAUUGUAAUUUAGUACUAAACGAUCAGGAUUUGAAAGAGAACGUUCCUUAUGGUUCUUCGUUGGGUGUAGCUGAAGUGAGAAAAAUUUUAAUGCGGUUGAUCAACGAUGAAAAUGUUGUUCUUCAUCGGACUUCAUUAACAAACGAUCACUUGCAGUCAAUGAAAAGAACCAACUUCAACUAA